AUGGUACAUUUGGCGUGGCAUAGACAACAGGCACAAGUACAAACUGCUGUAAAUAAUACAACAAUAUCUGUACCAACGACUAGUACAAGCGUUAGCAGUGCAAGUGAUGAUAACAGUCAUACAAAUCACAAUUACAAAUUUGAUAAUAGUGAUAGUAGUAGCAGGAAUGGCUCAGGAAGUAUCGACAGUAAUCCUCAAGAAAUUGCUAGCGGGUCAGGUAUUACUAAUAUGGUUCGACCUGGGAAUCAUCAAACAAAAUCAUCUCAGGUCAAUGCUUGUAAAUGCUCAAUUUGUGGCAAAGUUUUUACAAGGCAUUGGCUUUUACAAGGACAUAUGCGAACACAUACUGGUGAAAAACCAUUCCAAUGCUCAAUUUGUACGAAAGCUUUUGCUGACAAGAGUAACUUACGCGCACACGUACAAACUCAUAGUGGUAUCAAACCAUACGUAUGCCAGCGCUGUGGGAAACGUUUUGCUCUGAAAAGUUAUUUAUCGAAACACGAAGAAUCUACUUGCAUACGGUCUAUAAUUAAGUCAAGGAGGAGUACCUAA